UCAUGAAUAUUAAUAUUCACCAAACCGAAAAACCCAAAAGUGGAAAUUAAACCAGGAAGUUUGUUAUGAAUUGCAGAUUCUAAAAUAUUUGUUUAAAUACGGAGUUCUGUGGCAACUGUUGAGAAAUACAUUGACUUUCCCGGCAAUGUACAACCAAGGAAACAAAGCCAACGACGCCCAGAGAGGUCAAGACGCUGAGCAGAGUGACAGAAGUGGCCAUGAAACCUCACGGAAAACUUACGCCGCAGCUUUAGUAUUGAGACUACAGUCAACCCCCUUUGGCUCGAAUUCGCUUGGCUCGAAAUCCUCGUUGGCUCGAACUGAAGUAAAGGACCGAUUUCUUUAUACUGAAGGUGCAACGGGAGCAUCCAAUGAUGAACCAGACUCUUCUUCCGUCGCCCCCAAGCCACGUUCCGUUCGCAAAAAGCCAAUUCCGGGACCCAAGCCUAAACGACCUUCCAUCAGCAACGUUCAACAGGGAAAUGGUUCACCCAGUGGUGUUCAUGAUAAAAAUGUUGGGUCAGGGACAGUUCAGGCCGAAGGAAUGACCGUCUCACAGUCUAUGCGUCCCACUUUCACACCUACCCAUGACACGCUGACACCUAAAACGUGGUAUGGCGGUGAACAACUACAAAUGCAAGAGCGACCUGUUCCGAAAUCAGGGCCAGCUGUCGAAGAUCCGUACGUGGCGGGUGGAAGUGAGUUUAUCGUCGUUUCUGGUCGAGAGCCUCCCGAUGAGGGGGCGGAAAGUGACGACGAGAAGUCGUGCAGUGGCUCGGAUGUUGAAAGCGAUACGUCAGACAGCGAGCCAGACCGAUAUGGUACUGGAAUCAAGGUCACGACGGCGUUAUCUGGGGUCCAGACGUUAAAUAUCACGAUAAGCCUCAACCUGGCUGAUCUCUUACGACCAGAUACCUCCACCUGCCGUAGACGUAAGCCGAGGCCACACCGGAAGUGUUGCCUACCACGCAGUCAGCCCCGCUAUGAAGAGGUUGACAUUCGAGAAUAUUCAAAGGCAGAGAGCGACCAUGAAAUAUCCGAUACGGUGCCGGAAAUGGGAAGAUCCGAUACGGUGCAGGAAAACAAUCAGAAUUCUGCAAAACGAAGGGUAUACAUCAAACAACAACAACUGUGUUGUCAAAGGCACGGAAGAAAGAACACAGACCACACUACUUUCCAGCAUAAACACCAGGACUGCAGAGAACGUGUGUAUUUUUGUUCGAAAAGGUGUUGCGAAGGCCACCGAUGCUCAAGAAGGCACCCCUAUUACAUUAAUGACAAUCCAGAGAGCGACCCACUUCCGAUGGCAAAGUCAAGUGAAAAAACACCACCACCUCCACUUCCGUCGAAAGAUUACACCAAACAAGAGCCCGAACAAUCACCGAGGGAGUCCGAUCCGUCUUUGUCUGAAGAAGAACAUAACAGCGACCAAUAUGAUUAUGAGCAGAUAGGACAAGCUCCUAAUCAAGACUUACAAGAUUCCGGGGCUGGUACAGAAACCAGACAAGCGCCGGCUGCAAGGAGAAGCCUUUCAGUGCCUGCUGGAAAGUCUGGAGGUUUCGAUUAUUAUUCUACAAUAGAUUUACCGGCCUCUGAAGAGCAAGACCUUAACGGCGUCUAUGGUAACCAAGGGGAUUUAUACCAGCAUGUGAUGAGUUUACAGAAGAAACCGUGGUUUUUUGGACUGGAACGUAGUAAAGAAGGCUUAGACGCAAUACAAUCAGCACAGGAGGACGGCCAGUUCGUGGUAGUCGCCGAGGAUGUAAAGGUUCGACCGAGCCAACCGUUCACCGUGCACAUCCGGUCUGGCGGACGUGUGCAGCAGUUUCCGGUCACGAUGGACACGGAGAAAAGAAAGGGCAGAAAGGCCAAGUCGAAGUACCGGCUGUGUAAUGUAGAAAAGGAAAGCAUGGACAAACUCAUAGAGAACUUCAUGAAGACCAAGCACCCAGCGAUAGGAGUAAAACUCAGUCUACCAUAGUUUAUUUCUACCGUUCUUUUACUUCAUUUCGAUUAUGUAUUUAUAUUGAAAUGUUGUUUAUUUUUGCUCAAUAAAAUAUGU